UCCCCACAAGCGCCCCCCGCGUUGCAUUAUUCCAGGCGACCCCCACGGACCUAGCCAUUGCGACGCUGCACAAAUCGGCCUGUGGCACGAGGGUCCAAGAUCCGCGGGGCUUGGCGGGGGCGGGGCGGGAGGUGGCUCUGGUUCUCGGGCGCUCGCUCUCUCUCCUCUCUCUCUCUCUCUCUCUCUCUCUCUCUCUCUCUCUCUCUCUCUCUCUCUCUCUCUCUCUCUCUCUCUCACACACACACACACACACACACACACACGUACACGCACGCACACACGGAACAUCCUCCCGUCAGGUUUCCCGGUCCAGCCCCGCCCGCGUCUCCUGCUUCCCGCAGACCUUCUCCCUGCAUCCUUACACACCUCGCCUCUCCAUUCUUUCCUGCUGGACCCUCCCCUCCGAUUCCCCCACAACACUCUGGGAUGGAGCGACUCGAGCCAGCCCGAAGCCCCCCGCGGCCGGGGUGAAAGUCCUCCACCCCUCUCACACCCGGCACUCGCCUCGAGAACCAUGGGCCUGAGGGGUUCCCGGGGCGCUGGACGCUGAAAAUGACGGAUGCUGGAGCUCUCUUGAGUCAUGGCUUCCUCAAAGCUCCGAGAACCUGUGGAUGAAGUUUUUGACCUGGACUUGGCUGUACCAGAGACCACCAGACUGGACAGCAGCUUACACAAAGCCCGGGCCCAGCUGCUGGCCAAGGGCCGGAGACACAGGCCUUCCCGCUCCAGACUACGAGACAGUGCCAGCUCUGCUGAGGACGGGGAAGGCUCCGAUGGGCCCGGAGGCAAGGUGACCGACGGCUGCGGUAGCCCGCUGCACCGGCUGCGCUCGCCUCUGCACUCGGGCCCAGGCUCCCCCGCCAGCGGCUCUUUCUGCCUGGAGCCCCCCGGCUUGCGGCGCAGCCUGGAUGAGGACGAGCCACCGCCCUCACCCCUCGCCCGUUACCGGCCCCUGCACAACGCUGCCUCGCAUGAGGGCCUGGCCGCCACCUCUGGCUCGCCUCCGCGCUCCGCACCCUCCUCGGACAGCUCCCCCAGCUUCGUGCGCCGCUACGCCCGAGCAGAACCGCACAGUGAAGAUGACAGCCGGGAUACCAGCCCCCCUGAGCCUGCCAGCCCCACCAUCGGCUUGGAUAAGAGGACUCGCAGAAAAUUCCUGGACCUGGGGGUCACUCUCCGCCGAGCGUCCACUGGCAAGAGCCGGAAGGAGAAAGGUAGCAACCGCCUGUCCAUGGGCAGCAGGGAGUCCGUAGAAGGUUCUGGAAGGACAGGGAGCUCCCCGUUCCUGCCCUUUUCCUGGUUCACAGACAGCGGCAAAGGCUCUGCUUCCUCAGGAAGCACCACCUCCCCGACCUGUUCCCCCAAACAUGAGGGCUUCAGCCCCAAGAAGUCAGCUUCCCAGGAAUCCACCCUGAGUGAUGACUCCACACCUCCCAGCAGCAGCCCCAAGAUCCCCAGUGGUCCUCGACAGGAGACCAAGUGCUCCUAUCCCUACCACACGCUGUCCCAGUCUUCAGAUGAGUUCCUGGACGAGUCCCUCCCUACUAUACAACACUGGACUAGCCAGCAGGUGGGCCAGUGGCUGUGCAGCCUCAACCUGGAACAGUACGCCGCCGAGUUUGCUGCCCGACAGGUGGAUGGGCCGCAGCUCCUGCAGCUGGAUGGGAGCAAACUGAAGAGCCUGGGGCUUAGCAACUCGCAUGACCGGGCACUGGUGAAGCGGAAGUUGAAGGAGCUGGCAGCGGCUGCUGAGAAGGAACGGAAGGCACAGGAGAAGACUGCACGGCAGCGGGAGAAGCUGCGGCGCCGUGAGCAUGAGGCCAAGAAGAGCUAGGAAUGGCUGGCGGGGCUGGAACCCCGGCACACUUGCAGCCACCUGCACGGGCCUCACCAGCGAAGUCGGGUCUAGGCACCAGGUUCUUGGGGCACAUGACCCCUCUCACCCUGUUUGGACCGAGUCCUCUGGAGGGAGAUCCCAGGGAGAAGGCCCAGUAAUAAACCCAAUUUCGAGGACUUGUUUGGCACAGAGUUCCAGGGGGAAGCAGGUGGCAGAUGAAGAGGGCAGAGGCCAGGAAUGCAGCAAAUCCGGAGCCCAGAGGAACCCGGUUCAGGCAGAACCUCUUCCCUCUGGUUACAGUAGUACCGAACAGGAAGUAAGCUGGCAGGAGAGGCCCUACCACGACCGGGACUCCUAGGCUUAGAGAGAAGCCUGGGCAUCCCGACGGGAGACAGGGCUGUGUCUCCUCAGCUCUUGAAGGCGGCUGUGUGGUGGGAGAGCAGUUCUCCUCAGAGAGGCCGGUGGGCACUGCAGUAGUGGCACUCAGGGUAGAUUCUCAGACACCUUCUCAACGGAGAGAAGAGCGGGCAGUGAAGGGUAAGCUGGCCUCUGUAAGGACUGCAGAGUGGGAACAAGGGGGCUCUUCUCUUUCCCCUUCACUACCCUGUAGGUUCUAGUGGGCGGGACGACACUGCUCCUCUCCCACUGGGUCACAGAACUAGAAUCCACUUCUUCACAGAGUGAUUUCAGCCUCCUCUGGGGACAGGAUAAAUGGAGGCUGUUGGGAACACAGGACAUUCUCCCCACUAGUGCCUAGGCGGCACCGAACUGGUGACCUUCAUCACCCUAGCCGGGCAGGGGCACAAUUGGAGGGCGGCCUGGAAGCUGCUAGAUCAGAAGGGUCCAUCAGCUCCCAGGUUCCCUGGGUGUGUCAAGGCCUCAGUGGGCCUAGAACGGACAAACAUUGCUAGCUCAGGUUUGCUAGGCCACAGGGAGGACUGGGCCAGCCCUGGGUUGGUCUGGCACGUGUCCUUUGUAGGACACGUUCAGAGAUGGAGGGUCCCAGGUGCCAUGCUGACCCAGCCUCUCGGGUGCUGGUCAGUUACUGCUGGGCCCAGGAGGUUUCUGAGGAGAAACCUCCACCCCUCCCAGCUUCCUGGAGGGGUGGACAGGACCUGCAUGCUAACUCCCUCUCUCCUGCCUGGGGAAGCAGCUCAAGGCCAGGGCCCUGUGGUUGGGCUCAGUUAUCUGCACUGGGAGAGGGGCCUCAGAGGGAAACUAAGGUAUAAGGGCAUUGGCAUCUAUCUAGACUGGGUGGGGAGGGUGGAGGCCCUACUGUCCCUAAAGCUGUCAGGAGCCAAGUGUGCCCCACCUGCAUGUGAAGGGGAAGAUGGUUUUCAACUUCUUUCAAUAAAUACCUACCAUACACCAGUGAGCUCUCUGUCUGGGACGAGGGACUAAGCUCUGCCUG